AUGGGGACUAGAUGGGCCGAGAUAGCCAAGAGAUUGCCUGGAAGGACCGAAAACACCAUCAAGAAUCACUGGAACGCUGUCAAACGCAGGCAAUACUGUAAGCAGGAGUUGCUCCCCCACACCAACAGCUCCAAUAUCCUGCAAAACUACAUCAGGAGUGUCACCACUCCAUCUCCUCCAAAACGGUUGACAAUGGCUAGCGGUCGUGGCCUGGGUGACCACUACCCCGACAAGACCAAGAAGCAGUCGUUAUCCUUGUCGGCAGCGGCCAUUUUCCAUGGCUCGGACGUGCAGCCUGAAGCAGCCAACUGCCCUCGUCAGCUGCUGGAGCCCCAUCACCUCCACCGGCCACUGCCAGCUCAGAGGCCAGCCUGCGGUGUCUUGGGGUUUCCGAUGGUCGAUGGGAAUGGGAAUCUUGGGCUUUAUCCUGUUGAGGACCAUCAGUAUUAUCAUCACAAUCACCAUUAUCAGGUGCUGAGUGAAGCUGGUGGCGGUGAUGGGAGUGAAGAGAGCGAUUAUAAUGAUCAUGAGUUGGACUUGGAGAUGAGCUUGGAGAUUGGCGAUCGCCACCACCAUCAUCGCCAACAUCACCCUAAUCACCAUCACCAUCAGGAGAAGAAGGAGCUGGACUUGCUCGAGAUGAUCGCUCUGCAAAGUGGCUAA